AAUCCCCCACCCAUCGCACACGCACACGCCCGAUCUGUCAAACCCCUCUUCCCCCCUCCCGCACCCAGAUCGGAAUCGCGGGGUUCUCGAUCCGGCAUCCAUGGCGCUGGAGUGGGUGGUGCUGGGCUACGCGGCGGGCGCGGAGGCGGUCAUGCUGCUGCUUCUGACGCUCCCGGGCCUCGACGGCCUCCGCCGGGGCAUGGUCUCCGUGGUGCGGAGCGCGCUCAAGCCGAUGAUGUCGGUGGUGCCCUUCUCCCUCUUCCUGCUCAUGGACAUCUACUGGAAGUACGAGACGCGCCCCACCUGCGACGACGAGCACGCCUGCACCCCCUCCGAGCACCUCCGCCACCAGAAGUCCAUCAUGAAGUCGCAGCGGAACGCGCUCCUCAUCGCCGCCGCGCUGCUCCUCUACUGGGUCCUCUUCUCCGUCACCCAGCUCGUCGUCAGGCUCGACCAGAUGCAGCAGCGCGUCGACAAGCUCAGGAAGCGCGACGACUGAUCCGCUUCCGCUGCCGCAUCCCGUCCAGUUUCAUCCGGUGGUCUCGUGGCUCUUCAUUCCUCCUCUUCGUGUGUUUCUGUUACUAGAGGGCACAGUUUAUCAUGCCUGGGUUGGUUCCUGUUUUGUUUUGUAGCGUGGAUGCUUUGAGAUCUCAAUCGGAACAUGAGGGAGCAUGGUGGUAGUUUCUGCUGCAGAUCCUAAUCUGAGUAAAUUGCCUUGCAUCUAUGACAUAAACGAGUUAGAACAAUUCUCUUGGGAAAAUGCUGUCGGAAAUGUUAAUUGCUUUAGGUUGAUUGUGUGAUCAUAACCAACUUGUUUACCCAUGAAUUAGUGUUCAUAUAUUGGAGCUUCCGAGUGAUUUGACUUGCA